GCCCCCCUGAGCUCCCUGUGGGCCAUGGAUCCUGGACGCCUCUCCCCUGAGAGCAGCAGGAGAGUCUGGGCACCUUCGCUGCUGAUCCCUUGAUGGGCUUACAAAUCUCUGGGAAAAUAGCGCACCGGCUCCAGCUACCUGAUGCGGCUACCAGAGCAACAUGGAGAGGGGCCACCCCAGCACCAAGAAAAGGGAAGCAGAGGGUCCCCCGGAGGGAGCGAGGAGCGGCGGAGAAGCCAGGCCCCCGACUUUCCUACCUGGCAAAAGAUGCCGUUCCAUCAUGUGACAGCUGGCUUAUUGUAUAAGGGGAAUUACCUGAACCGCUCCCUCUCUGCUGGCAGUGAUAGUGAGCAGCUUGCUAACAUCUCAGUGGAGGAAUUGGACGAAAUCCGUGAGGCUUUUCGGGUUCUGGACCGGGACGGGAAUGGCUUCAUCUCCAAGCAGGAGCUGGGCAUGGCCAUGCGCUCCCUGGGAUACAUGCCCAGUGAGGUGGAGCUGGCCAUCAUUAUGCAACGCCUGGACAUGGAUGGGGAUGGCCAGGUGGAUUUUGACGAAUUUAUGACAAUCCUGGGCCCCAAGCUGGUGUCUUCAGAAGGUCGAGAUGGUUUUCUUGGGAACACGAUAGAUAGUAUAUUCUGGCAGUUUGACAUGCAAAGGAUAACGCUGGAAGAGCUGAAGCAUAUCCUGUACCAUGCAUUCCGGGAUCACCUAACAAUGAAGGACAUUGAAAACAUUAUUAUCAAUGAGGAAGAGAGCUUGAAUGAGAACUCAGGAAACUGCCAGACAGAGUUUGAAGGAGUGCAUUCCCAAAAGCAGAACAGACAGACCUGUGUCCGGAAGAGCUUAAUAUGCGCCUUUGCUAUGGCCUUCAUUAUCAGCGUCAUGUUGAUCGCAGCCAAUCAGAUCCUCCGCAGCGGCAUGGAGUAGUAAGUAGUCUUUCAUCCGACACUGUGAACCAAACUCGCCAUGCAUGUGCAUGCCCGGUGGGCAGACUUUUUUCCUCCAUGAAACCGGAAAGGGUACGAGGUGGACAACAAGACGCUUUCGGCAAAGGGAACCCGAGGCCGGCAGGGCGACCCGUCUUGAGAACCAGCUCCAUCUUCUUGUCAGGGACACCAAAGGGCUGUCUUCAAUGCUUUAACGGUUUUGUUUCCUAAUGCAAUAAAAUUUAAAAAAAAAAAUAAAAUAAAAACCCGGGGAGUUCUGAAUUUUUGCUUCAGCCAUCAGUAGGAACUCUGAGGAAAAGCUUCAUUUCCAUCUGGGACUGACGUAUGGUGGUCUAUGCUGGGAGUCGAAAAGAGAGCGAAAGAGAGAGAGAAAUCAGAGACUGAGCGUGACCUGCAGUUACUACUGGUCAACUUUAUACAUCCAACCCAAAGUUUGGCCAACAGCAGACUCUUCCUGGGGGUGGGCCUUUUCUGGCUCCACAGAAGCUGACUGGUGUAUCUGCAAAGAAGGCCACCAUUUCAUCCCCCUCAGCUUCCUCUGUUCACCCCCAAUGGAGCCCCUGUGGCAUGAGGGCAAAGCCAUUGUACAGGGUCAUGGUUUUCCAAGUGGUACCACACCUCACUGGUGUGCGUGUGUGUUUGCGUGCUAUUUCCUACUCUUUUUUUUUUAAUUGCCUUGUACACAGGACUUUUGUUAGCAGAACUGAGGGCUGGGGAGGAGGGCUUUGGGUUUCCAAUUGCAGUUUUCUUUCUGUCCCCAGCACCGAUAGGGGAAGCUCCUUUUAUGCACCAGCAUCUUGGAAUCUGCAUAGAGCCUUUUUCCCAAACUUGCCUCCUGUGCAGCCAUU